CAGUUUUUGACUCAUCAACACAACUCGUUUGCAUAAGGAUCUACACGUUUGGAAAUGAUGUCGCUGAAUACCUUUAGUAUCGCCGCUCUUCAUGCAAAUGCCAUAAAUUUUGUCAUAACAGGACUAAUUAUCGGCAAAUCUAACGUAUCGAAAUUUGAGAAAAUUGAACGACAGGAUCAACCUUCUUUGCGCGGCGUCAUAAAGUUUUUAAUUCGCGAUAAUUGCGACCAUUUCAUCAACGUCACGGUGUGGGGAACCUACCAAUUUGUAGCCGAAUAUAAUUCUCAUUUUACAAUUGGUCACGUCAUCAAUGUUAUACGAAGUAAAGUUUCAUUUGUCCGUCAUGACGAUACAUUCAAUCCAAUAACAUCGUCACCGCUAGAACUGACAAUUAACGAAGGUUUUGGUUCGAUUGAAUUCUUCGAUGGCGACGUCGCUGAAAAGGUCAAAUUGUUACGAGUUCCACUCAAAUCACCGGAUCUGGCCCUGAAUUUGGCCGAUAUUGCAUCAACAUCUGAUGAUGCGGGCGGUCUAGUCGAUUUGUUUGUUUUGGUGGCCAAACUGAGACCGACGAGACAAAUUGCAGGUAAAUUAGUACGGGAUGUAGUGGUUGUAGAUCAAACCGUCCCCGGAAUGUACUUGACCAUUUGGAACGAAGCCUGGAACAUAAGGUUUGAUCUAUCGGACUCAUGGAACGAAAUGUCUACGGUGCUGCACCUUAUCAACAUCGGCUACAAAUAUUCAGGUUUUCACAAAUCCAUCGUCUUGGCCACUCUGUCUAGAACAAUUAUUAUUGUCGAUCCGGACUGCGAACGGUCAAAAUCGCUGAAAGAAUAUGGACAGAGCUCUGCUUUGAUUUUAACCGAAUUAGACUACUGCGAGCCGGACCUUUCUACCAUAAAGACCGUGAUGUCGAUUCAACAAAUUUUGAAUCGACUAAAUGAUUCAUCGGGUGACUCAGUGUUCUACAGUUUGACCUAUGCUAUGGUAACGCAAAUGGACAUAGAUGGUUGGUCGCCGUUCUAUUCGAGACGAUGCAUUCACUGUAAUUGCCGAAUCAAGAUCAAAGACACCAGCUGUGAAAAAGAGGACUGUUCGUUGUUCUUUGCCGAGAGCCCAUUAGACGAGCAUUACAUCAGUUACUUCAAUAUUCCCGUUCAUUUGACCGACCACACCGGUACACUCCAAUGUCGUUUGGUUGGAGAUGCAGCCGAACGAAUUUUCGGCUGUUCACUAACGGAUUAUCUGAAACUGUCAGACUCGCAACGCACUUCCAUUAAAUGGAAAUUUUUGAUGGAGCGAUGCACUGUGAAAUUGGCGAUCAAGCGGAAGACAGCCUUGCGUUUCAAUACGCAAAUCACCAUUGUCGACCUGAAAGUGGCUAAUCCAGCAGAGGUGCUAGAAAAGAUUCUAGUUUAUUGAAUAAUUGAAGUGGUGCGACAGUUUUGCUGACCAGAGGAGACUGAGCAAGGUAUUUUUUUUUGUAUUUUUUACAUUUGA